AUGCUGUGGACGGAUGGCGUUUCGGACGGAUCGCGGCAUUUGUUCCGCUUCCCCGAGAUCCUCCACACGUUGUUAGCGCUCUUGUUGCACGUGAUGCUGGCACAAUGCGGGCGCACCGUCAACGAUUUAAUGACUUUUGUUGGGCUAAUGAGAUCAUUGUCGGCGGGCGUUUCCACCUCGGGCGUUAAUAGCGGCCGAUGUGGCAGCCAGGGUGGCGAGCGUGCCCUGAUACGCAUCUCACGUGGCACCGCGCGUGACGUGAAUUCAACGGGAGGCCGCCCCACAAAAAAGGUGACGUUUAUUGGCGUUUUACACCAGCGACGAGUCCACAGACAAUACCAACUCGACGUUCUUGCGAUUGGAUUUGGUUACGGCACUGGAAACGACUUUGCGUUUGACACAAUCGAGGUCGCGCCCCCCAAUCAUCCGGUUUCGGGUAUCGGCAAUAACAGAGCUGUCCGCGAAGAAUCCGCGCGGUGGCAAAAAGCUGACGCGGGCCCAUUCAUUUUGGCACCACGUCCGGCGUCCACGGGCCCCGGGGAGGGUGUGCCGAAAAACCGUUGCGCGGACAAUUUGGACGUCGUAAAUCACCGGGCGACCGCGACAGCGCAUGCGCGACCACGCGGCCACACGGAAAAACCGACCGCCGACCGCCAUUGUCGGAAAAAGCGAUCACUAUGCGCAUCCGAU